CUCUGGGGCUUGGGGCUGUGGAGGCCGGCUGACCCGCCCCCUUGUCUGCAGUGCGCCGCUCACCCAGCCAUGGCGAAGCUGGAGACCCUGUCCGUGUGCGCUGACCCUGGCCGCGACCCCCUCCUGGCCUUUGCCCCUCGGCCCCCCGAGCCCCGCCCCGCAGCCCCUCGCCUCGUGGCCAUGGGCAGUGUGGGCAGCGGUGUGGCCCACGCCCAGGAAUUCGCCAUGAAGAGCGUGGGGACUCGGACGGGCGGGGGCUCGGGUGGGGGGGGCCGAGGGGGCUACCCCGGGCCAAGGGGUGGCGGGCCAGGUUCUGGCAGCGGGGACCUCCCGGCCAGAUACCCAUCGGAGGACAAAGCCCUGGCCAACUCCCUGUACCUCAACGGGGAGCUGCGGGCUGGGGCCGGCAGUGGUGUCAGCGGAGACCGGACGGACGUCUGCGGCAACAUGGUCAACAGCAGCGGUGAAAAGGCCCCGCCCCAGUACCGCGAACCGGGCCAUCCCCCGAAGAUUCUGCCCACCUCUGGCAAACUGGACCAGUGCACAGAGCCUCUGGUGAGACCGUCAGCAUUCAAGCCCGUCGUGCCCAAGAACUUCCACUCAAUGCAAAACCUGUGCCCGCCCCAAAGCAACGGGGCAUCGGAUGGGCGAAAAGGCCCUGGGGGCCUGAAGGGUGGCGGGCUGGACAAGGCACGGACUAUGACCCCAGCAGGCAGCAGCAGCGGGGGCGGGGGAAGCGGCGGUGGGGGGGGAGGACUCUCAGACUCCGGCCGAAACUCACUGACCAGUCUGCCUACGUACAGCUCGGGCUACAGCCAGCACCUGGCACCCCUCAGUGCCUCCACCAGCCACAUCAACCGAAUUGGCACAGCCGGCUAUGGGGGUGGGGGUGGGCCCAACAGCGGGGGACCUGGCUACCAUGACCUUUCCUCCUCAGACAGUGGGAGGGCUUCCAGCAAGAGCACGCCCUCCUUCGGCAGGCUGAACCCCUUGGGGUCCGGGGAGGGUGGGAGCAGCAGCGGCGUGGGGGUGGGAGGGGGUGGCGGGGGCCUGGUCUCCUUCCCGGCCUCUCCCCCUUCGCCGGAUGCAGUGAUCCAGGAGCUGGAGGAGCGCCUGUGGGAGAAGGAGCAGGAGGUGGCAGGGCUUCGGAGGAGCCUGGAGCAGAGUGAGGCCGCCAUUGCCCAGGUGUUUGAGGAGAGGCAGAAGGUGUGGGAGCGGGAGAUGGAGGAGCUGCGGCAAAACUGCGCCGGGAAGCUGCAGCAGGUGACCCGGCGCGCCCAGCGUGCACAACAGGGCCUGCAAAUGCAGGUGCUGAGACUCCAGCAGGACAAGAAGCAGCUUCAGGAAGAUGCCGCCAGGCUUGCCAGGCAGCGAGAUGAACUCCAGGAAAAAGUGGCCGCCUGCCAGAAGGAGCAGGCCGACUUCCUGCCCCGUAUGGAGGAGACCAAGUGGGAGGUUUGCCAGAAGGCUGGGGAGAUCUCACUCCUGAAACAACAACUGAAGGAGUCCCAGGCGGACGUGAGCCAGAAGCUGAGCGAGAUCGUGGGGCUGCGCUCGCAGCUGCGGGAGGGCCGGGCCUCCUUGCGCCAGAAGGAGGAGCAGCUGCUGACCCUGCGGGACUCGCUGGGCGCCAAGCAGCCCAGCCUGGAGCUGCAGUUGCGGGAGGGCGAGGCGGAGCUGGGCCCGGGGCUGCGCCUGCGGGACCGCCUGGGCCCCAGCGAG